AUGACGAUUCCGGAAGAAAUAGCGUAUCUAUACAGCAUCAGGUCUGUGAGAGAGACCAAUUCGAGCACAGUGGCUCUUAUCGAAAACAACAAGCUCUUGAACUUCGAGGUGGACCUCGGGAAGAUGGAGGAGGUGGUCGACUUUGUGGUGGAGACGAUCCGGGGCACGUUCCCGACGAACGCGGCGUUGCUGGAGAUACCUGUGCACGGGCGGUGGCAGCACUUUGGGAAGGGCAACACGUCGAGGUUGCCGGACCUGAUUGAAAAGGUGUUUCGGCAGGAGCUGGGGCUGGACGACGAGGAGGUGUGCAGGAAGCUCAUUGACUUGUUUGUGGUGAGCGUGUUGCUCGACGCCGGGGCUGGGAACGAGUGGAAGUUCACGGAGCCCGGCACGGGGAUGGCGAUCAGCCGGUCUGAGGGCAUUGCUGUGGCGAGCUUGUACAUGUUCCAGGGCGGUGUGUUUGCCGCCGCCGCCGGCGGCGGGGACCCGUACGUUGUGCAGGGGUCGAGGCUAGCAUCGCUGGGUGCCGAGGAGUUGGCUGCGGGCCUGCAGGUGAGCCAGGAGCAGAACCCGAUGAGCGGGUUCGACGGGCGGUUGCGGCUGCUCAACCGGUUGGGCGAGGUGUUGAGCAGCAACAAGGAGCUGUUCCACAGCGGCCGGCCGGGGGACCUCGUGGACUACUUGAAGGCCCGGAGCAGCGGCAGCGGCAGCGGCAAGGCGGUCGAGCUCGAGGUGCUGUGGGACGCGUUGAUGCAGGGGCUUCUCCCCGUGUGGCCCACGGAGGGCCGCACGAAGAUCGACGGGUACGUGGUGGGCGACGCGUGGCCGCUGCAGAACAAGGCGGGCGGCAUCGUGACGUUCCACAAGCUCACGCAGUGGCUGACGUACUCGCUCUUCAAGCCGUUGACCGAGUACGGGGGGUUCUCCAUUCUCCAUGCGGAGUGCAUGACCGGCUUGCCCGAGUACCGCAACGGCGGCUUGUUUGUCGACCUCGGCGUGUUGGCACUCAAGCCGGCGGCGCACGCCCGCGGUCUGGCGCUGGCCGCCCAACACGACCUGCUGCCGCUGCCGGCGUUCCGGCCGGACGACGACGCCAUUGUCGAGUGGCGCUCGUGUACCGUGUGUCUUCUGGACAUGCUGCUUCCGCUGGUCAAUGCCAAAAUGGCCGUCGCCGGGACGAAGUACGAGCUCACGUUGCCGCAGCUGAUCGAGGCCGGCAGCUGGAAGUCCGGACGUCUUGCCGCCGCCGCCCGGCGCCCGAGCGGCGGGCCCCCGAUCGAGCUUGUUGCUGAUGGGACUGUCUUUUAG